UCUGGCUAGCAGCAACAUGGCUUUAGCUCGGCCGACGCGGCUGUUGGCCUCGCUAGCGGCUCGGUUGCUGCUAGGUCCUCGUCGCAGCCUGGCUGUCCACGCUCCCGACGAGGCUCUGUUGCCGGUGGUGCGUAUUCCCCGGUCUUUCCAGCGGCGGCACGAACGACGAGAGGGAAGGCACCGCCGGAGCCCGCAGCGGCCGGUGCUGACGCGCCCCGGGCCGCUGCUGGUGUCGGCGCGGCGGCCGGAGCUGAACCAGCCGGCUCGCCUCACGCUGGGCCGUUGGGAGUGUGCGCCUCUGGCCUCGCGCGGCUGGCGGCACCGACGGGCGCGGCGGGACCACUUCUCCAUCGAGCGCGCUCAGCAGCAGGCACCGGCGCUGCAGACCCCGUCUUCCGACAGCAGCUUCUCGGACCUGGGCCUGGAGCCCCGCGUGUUGCGGGCAUUACUGGAGACCGCGCCUCAAGUCGUGCGGCCCACGACCGUGCAGUCCAGCACCAUCCCCACCCUUCUUGGCGGCCGCCAUGUCCUCUGCGCCGCGGAAACAGGCAGUGGCAAGACUUUGAGUUACCUGCUACCGCUGUUCCAGCGUCUGAUGGGCCAGCCAAGACUGGACGGUGGCCCCCGUAUCCCUUCUCCUAGGGGCCUGGUUCUUGUGCCGUCCCGAGAAUUAGCCCAACAGGUGCGGUCCGUGGCCCAGCCCUUAGGCCGCUCCCUGGGUCUGCAGGUGCAGGAGCUAGAAGGAGGCCAGGGGAUGCGAAGAGUCACACUGCAGCUAUCCAGUCAGCCAUCAGCAGAUGUGCUGGUGGCCACACCAGGGGCUCUGGGGAAGGCCCUGAGAAAACAGCUCCUGAGCCUGGAACGCUUGACCUUCUUGGUGUUGGAUGAGGCUGACACGUUGCUAGACGACAGCUUUCUGGAACUGGUAGAGUAUAUCUUGGAGAAGAGCCACAUAGCAGGAGACCCCUCUGAUUUAGCAGACCCCUUCAAUCCCAAAGCCCAGUUGGUGCUAGUGGGAGCCACGUUCCCUGAAGGCGUAGGCCAGCUGCUGAACAAAGUUGCCAGGCCACACUCCCUCACCACCAUCACCAGUUCCAGGCUUCACUGCAUCAUGCCUCACGUCAGACAGACAUUCCUGAGGCUCAAAGGAACAGACAAGGUGACCGAGCUAUUGGAGAUUCUCAAACGGCGUGAUAGGGUGGACAGGACUGGAACCCCAGGGGCGCUGCUGGUGUUCUGUAAUAGUUCCAGCACUGUGAACUGGCUUGGGUAUAUUCUAGAGGACCACAAAAUCCAGCACCUGAGGCUGCAGGGGCAGAUGCCAGCUUUGAGGAGGGCAGGCAUCUUCCAGGACUUCCAGAAGGGCUCACGAGAUGUCCUCCUUUGCACGGACAUAGCCUCCAGGGGCCUCGACAGCACCCGCGUGCAGCUAGUUAUCAAUUAUGAUUUUCCCCUCACUCUGCAAGACUACAUCCACAGAGCAGGAAGGGUAGGCCGGGUGGGUAGCGAGGUGCCAGGCACCGUCAUCAGCUUCGUGACCCACCCCUGGGAUGUGAACCUGGUUCAGAAGAUUGAACUGGCAGCUCGUCGAAGGAGAAGCUUGCCAGGACUGCCCUCCUCCGUGAGCGAGCCUGUGCCAGUGCCAGUUGACAGUGUGCCCCCCCGUAAAACUGCUACUUGAGUUGGGAUGCCUGCAUUGCAUAUCAGUGCCUGGGGGUAAGUCCCACCUCCACUCCCAGUUCAGUUUCUUGUCCAAGAGCAUCCUGGAGAUGCAACAGAUGAUGAUGCACAUGCCUGCAUCCAUGCCACCCAUGUGGAUGGGGGCGAUCCGGGUGGAGUUAUUUCCUGGCUUCAGACUGACCCACCCCUAUUGCUGUGGGUUUUGGGGGGAUAAACCUGAGGAUACAGGAUCCAUCUCUUAUUCCUCCUUCCAAAUGAAUAAACUUUUUAAGAAGUAUUAUGCCAGAACCAGAAUCUCUUCAUGCAUAAGGGAACACUGAACAUGCUUAGGGGUGGGGGUGAGGGUGCUCUGGGGUGCCCUGACACCGGCCUGCUAUGACUGAAAGGUGAACUGCUAGCCAACUAGCAGAGGACAAAGUACUGAAGCUAGCUCUGUGGUUUUUCCCACUUGUCAUGUGUAAAAAAUAAAGUGGAAUUUUCACUGUUGUUUGUU